AUGAUCCAAACUGCCACGCAGACUGUCCCAGUGACACUAAAGGCUGUCGGCGAGAACUCGAUGAGGAUCGAUGGGUCGAAAACUAACUAUGGCGACUGGAGGGACGAUCUGGCUCGUGACGGUUAUGCCGUCGUAAAAGGCGCAAUUCCGAGAGAGAGAGCUGAUGCUUAUGCCAACAAAAUGUACGAGUGGCUGGAAGGCUUUAACUUGGGAUUCGAUCGAAAUGACCUUUCGACUGUCCAUAGAGAUCGAUUGCCCACUAUCAAUGAGAAGGGCAUGUGCCUCAACUAUGCCGUAACACACGAAGACUUUGCUUGGGGUGUACGGGGAGAGCCAGGCGUUGUAGGAGCUUUCGAAAAGAUAUACGGUGACAAGGACCUUAUUGUCUCAUUCGACGCCAUCAACUUUACCUUCCCAAAUCGGACAGACAUAGAGCCCAACAAACCAUGGCCUCACCAAGAUCAGGACCCAGCGAAACCGGGGUUCAGAUGCAUGCAGGGCCUCGUCAAUCUGCUACCUAACGGUCCAGAUGAUGGCGGCCUUAUAGUAUGUCCAGGUGGCCAUCUCUUGUCUGACGAGUUCCAUAAAGACAUGGCCGAUGAGCCACGUAUUCCGGCAUGGACUCCUGAAUGGUAUGGAUUUACAGAGAACGGCAUGAAAUGGCUCGAGAACAAGGGUCUGAAGUGGGUUAAGGUGUGCGCUGAGCCCGGCGAUCUGUUACUCUGGGAUUCCCGUACUCCUCACUAUAACCUCGGAUCGAAAACGAAUCAGCCAAGGUUUGCUGUAUAUACUUGCUACAUGCCUGUCAGUCACGCCACUCAAGGGGAUCUUGUACGCAAGAAGGAUGCCUUCGAGCGGUAUGUUGGCACUACUCAUUGGCCCAACGCAAGACACACUGGCUCCAACGUGGCAAAGCGCGAUGGGGAAGAUGACCCAUACAACCGUUUUGAGCCCAUCAACAAACCAGUCCUUGAUGAGCGUACUUUCAAGUUGACUGGUAUCCCGUACAUCAAGGCUUAG